GAGUGGAAAGUGGUAUUUCCUGUGGGGGUUGCAAGGACAAGAACUAGCUUUCUUUUUUGUAGCUCCCCUCCAUCCCCAGCAGUCCUGCUGGUUCUGGAGUCCACUUGACAGAAGCUCAUUUCAGGAUUGCAAACUUUAUUUGGAUAGCAGAUAAACCGCUUUGCUUCACCGAACUUUCGGCAGUGAAUGGAAGGAGCCAUCAGUCUCUAGAGUUUUUCUUGAUAUCAAAGAGAUCCCAAACAAGGCACAGCGGGUGAUGAUCAACGAGGAAGGAGGACGAUACCCUGUGUUUUGCAGCAAGCCUCAUGACAUGUUCCAAAGACACACCGGGCUUUAAAGGGACUCUGGCUUGUGAUGACAGUUUACAGGAUACCAGCUGCUUACCUUCAUCAGAUUGAACAGGAACUGGAUUCAGAUGAAAAGGAGACGAUGUUGUUUUUGUGCCAAGACCUUGUCCCUGACCUGCCCGUGCCAGAUGUCCGGAAACUCUUGUUGGCUUUGAACGCCAGGGAGAUGCUGACACCUGUCAGCUUGUCUGAACUGUUAUACCGAAUGAAGAGAUUUGACUUGCUGAAGAAGGUCUUGGGGAUUGGGAGAGCAGCUGUGGAAGCGAAUUUGGCCACAUGCCCUCAGAUGGUGUCAAAGUACAGAGUGCUGAUGACUGAAAUCAAUGAAGAUCUGGACAAAGACGACUUGACUUCCCUUGUAUUUCUUCUGAUGAAUGACCUUGGCAUGUCCCACGUUAAGAUGGCAAAAGAUAAGAGUUUCCUGUCAGUUAUAACUGACCUUGAGAAGCUAGACCUGGUAUCACCUAAUCGUCUGGAUUUAUUAGAAAGUUGCUUCUUGAACAUUCACAGAAAAGACUUGGCAAAAAAGAUCCAGAAGUACAACUGGGAAGCUCCGGUACACCCCAUUGGCUCUUCCCUUAAGUAUGUAAAUACACUUCAAGCGUCAUUUCCUAAGCUGUCUCUUGCUGACCCUCCAGGGAUUGUGAACAAAGGAAGACUAAAAAACGGAGCAUGUAAUUUUCAGACAGAACAGCUUCGCAUGGCCAUACCUGAAACAGGAGGAGCCCUAGGACAGGUGUCUAACAAGUACAGAAUGCAGAGCCAGCCUUUAGGAGUGUGCCUGAUCAUAGACUGCAUUGGCAAUGAUGCUGGUAUGGUGGCAAGGACCUUUAAGGCACUGCGUUUUGAGGUUCGUUGUCACCUAUUCCUGAAUGUGGAUUCCAUGAUGCGAGAGUUGUAUGAAGUAGCAAGACUGAGACAACACAAAAACUAUGACUGCUUUGUUUGUGUGCUGGUCAGUCGAGGGGAUCACCAGGGCAUCUUCUGCACAGACCAUAUCAUUCCAGGGUUCUCUCUGGAGAGGUUGAAGAGCUUUUUUAUCGGUGAUCGGUGUCCCGAUCUUUUAGGAAAACCAAAACUCUUUUUUAUCCAAAACUACAUUGAGGCAAGCAAUCACCAAGAAACCCCCAGUCUGGUUGAGGCAGAUGGAGGCCUGUGUACUAUCCCGCAAGUUGCAGACAUUCUGUGGAGCCAAAGCAAAGUGGAUGCAUCGACCUUAGACAGAUCACCAAACUCAUCCUCCUACUAUCUGACCACUCUAAGUGAGCUGUUGAUGGAUCCACACAAAAGGACGUUGCCUUUACUGGAUAUUCUUGUGGAGCUGAACCACAAAGUUUAUGAGUGGAACAGAACCAACCCUGCAGAACCCCAUUCACUCCUCUUGGAGCACACCCUGAGGAAAAAACUUUUCUUGUCUGGCACCUAAAUAGACAACCUGAACUUGAGAUUGGUGAGUUGUAGAAAGGCCUUCCUUUGAGAAGUAUCCACUCCUUUUUCCUGAAGGGCCAAGCACGGCGGAACUGGCAAUAUUCAGACACAUUUUCAGACAAUAUUCAGACACAAACCUUAUGGACCUAAUACUUAUUUCUACAGCACAGUAUCUAACCUCGCGUAUUAGGGUUAUAGAUCUCACUGCUUAAUUUAUCUUUUUUUU